AUGUCAAAUGCAAAAAUGGAUCGGGGUCAUAUCGUGUUAGAAGAGCAAGGGAUAUACGCGAUGAAUUGCGAUCAAUCGACAGUGAUGAAUUCAACAUCAGUUAAACCAACAAGUUGUGAUAGUCAGACACAUCAAUAUGAAAAUGCAUCGACAUUAGGCAUUGCCCUCUACUGUUUGCCAGCAACGUUACUUGGUGUGCUUAUAGAUCGAUUUGGCUGUCGUUUCACAAAAUUGAUCUUAGUAAUUUUUCACGUCAUCGGCUGGUUAACAUUGGCACUCAUCAAACCUGGAACAGAUUAUCUUCUAUAUAUUCACACUGUGUGCACAUCAUUAGCCAGUACUACUGUUUUGUUAACAGCAGCUACAUCGGUCAUCUACUUUUCCAAAACUCGAGCAUUCAUUUCAACAUUAUAUACGGGCGCUUUCAUUUCAUCAGCCAUGUGGUAUUCCAUCUUUCAAGUAAUUGUUGAUAAAAACCUUUUGACGCUUACACAAUUGUCUUACAUUUGGAUGUCAUUCGGCGGGAUCAUGAUCUUUACAUCGUUUCUUUUUCUUGACUGGAAUUUUCCCGUGUUAAAUUUACCUUAUAAACCUAUAGAAGAUCCAGAACAACAGCUAGAAACCACAGCUCUAUCAACUGAAACUGACGAUAAAAUGAAAUGGUAUACAAAUAUUUAUCGACGUCGUGGCGUCUGGAAACAUCUGCUAAGUCCUCUUUAUAUAUUGGUGGUACUAGACCUGGGAUUUUUACUUCUACCAAGUUCACUGUUGGCUGUCGUAUGGUAUCCCUGGGUGUACUAUAUUACAAAUCAGAAUACAUCGCUAGGUAAAUAG